CGACCUCCUCGCCGCCCCUUCAACAACAACAUCAGCUGACACUACGGAGGUGUGUAGGUGCAGUCAUCGGGAGGACAAACCCUUCAUGCAAACUGCACCUACUAUCAAGAAGAAGAAGAAGAGGUGUGUAGUGGAACCUCCAGAUGACAUGAAAAAUGAGACUAAGAUAAUAGGCAAUAAUGGCAAAGGAGUUUGCAAAACAUGAUGGCAAACACAAAUUAAACUUCAUCGAUGCACAUUUUUUCAGCCUCCCAUCACAAGGAAAUGUGUAUACGCUUAAACCACUGACAGAUGCUAAGGGAUUUACCAAAAUCUUGGUAGCUUCUCUUCAGAGAAAAGUGUACUGUUUAGAAUACAGCAAUGGGAGACCAUGCAUGAGAGAAGUCCCUUUUACUUACAUUCCAGGUGGAGCUGAAAUCAUAUCCAUUGAUGCUGUUAAUAGAUCUGUCAUUCAAGAAGACUUCAUCAUAGGAAUUACUAUUAUUAAAAAGGAUGAUGUUUCUGGACAGCAGAGCCAUUUCUUCAAUAUUUACUCUGACUGGGAUCUUAACAGUGACAGUGCUUUAGAUGUGGUGUCGCAGAACUGCCUGCCCCUUGAGUUAGACUUUGUGCCUUAUCAUCUUUACCACACCAAAACCAAGAGCAAAAAUGGAUGGGAGAUGGUGUGGCUGCUGAGUGGGGGCGAUUGUUGCAUUCACCUGUACCAUUCGGAUGAUGAGAGUCAUAGCUAUCAGGAAGUGGAUGGCUCCGAAUCUUUCCCAGAGUUCAAACAAAUGACUGACAUCACACUUUGGAUGGACAUUUCUUAUUCUUCGGACAAUACGAGGCGAGUGUCGGCAACGUGCGGUGCGGGGGGCGCUGUUCACAUGUUCUAUGUGAAUGUGGAAUCUACGCCUCAAAUAACGGCAAGUCAUGCAAUAUCGUGGGAUUAUCCAUCUGCGGCUGUUAAGAUCUUUGACUUGAACACUACACUGUCUGUUCCCAGUUUUCUUCAAGAAGUCUACAGGUCGCAGAACAGAACUGGUAGAACAGAUGCUGCGUCAUGUCCUCACGUUGUGGUGGGGAAUACAUUGGAAGCCUGUUUUGUAUACAGUGAUUUUACCAGUAGCUGUGAGGGUUAUCGAUUACCAGAGUGCGAUAGUGGCGAUGUUGUCACCUGCUGCAUUGUGUGCGACAUUGACCAAGACGGCAAGAAUGAAAUAUUAGUCGGGACUUACGGACAGAUGGUGAUAGUGUAUAAGCACAAUGAAGAGGAACCGUUCACAUGGGACAUUUGUCACAAAAUAAGUGUACCGUGCCCGGUUCUCUCCCUGGCGUACUGUGACGUCAUGGGAGGUGGGUCAUACCAGCUUAUAGUCAUGACCACCACUGGCAUACAUAUUUUCCAGCACAACCCAUGGGAGCUUGCGUCAGUCAUUCUCAGGAGACUGGAAGCCCUUACGAAGCUCAAGACGGACCGUACUCUCCCUGAUGACCUGCUACAUGUACCUAGUCAACAAAGGGAAAAAAUCAUUUUAUAAAUGAUGAGGGAUCGAAGAUAUAACGAUUCAUCCCAAUUUCGGGAAGAGCCCUUUGGGAGGCCCAGAGCCGUGGGAGGCGGUGUAGCCAAGCCUUAGGAAUCACACGAGGGCUUUGACGCCCACAUUGGCCUACCCAGAUCCAGGACAAGGAUAUGGCUCUCACUCUGAGGCAAGGAACACAUCCCAUCCACCUGGGCUCUAGGAGACUCCAACUGUCGACCCCACGUGUGUGAGGCCCAAGCUCUAUCCAUCGAGCUGUUGAACAGUCUCUUAAGGAACACUAAACUAUUUUUCUACUACAUGGAAAAAGACCUGUACAAAUUAUAAACUAUAUGAACUGUAUAUUAGUAGCUACCAAUAAACAUUCAUAAACUAUG